UCGCCAUGGCAACCAUCGUCCUGUAAAUCAACCAUCCUGCUCGUCUUCACUGAGGAGCGGGAGCUCGUCAUGGCAGAGCUAGGUCUCAACGAACACCACCAGAAUGAAGUGAUUAACUACAUGCGAUUUGCACGCUCUAAGCGUGGCCUGCGUCUCAAGACAGUGGACUCUUGUUUUCAGGACCUUAAGGAUAGCAGGCUUGUGGAAGAGACAUUCACAAUAGAUGAAGUGUCAGAUAUGCUGGAUGGCUUGCAGACUGUGGUACACAGUGAAGUAGAGUCAGAACUUAUUAAUACAGCAUACACAAAUGUGUUACUCCUGCGUCAGAUCUUUUCCCAAGCUGAGAAGUGGUAUCUUAAACUGCAGACUGACAUUUCUGAGCUGGAAAAUAGGAACUUGUUAGAGCAACUUGCAGAGUUUGAAAGGGCAGAAUUUGUAUCUUCAAAUAAGAAGGCCAAUCCUGAGCAGGUUAAACCUAAACUUACUCCACUGCAUGAAGGAGCAUCAGACUUGCUACAGAAG